AGACAACCAGGUAUCUAUUGACUAUAUCAAUGGCAAGAUGCUUUACACCACGGUUGACGCUGCCAUGGUCCUUUCCCAAGUGAAACGUCAAAACGACACAUGUUUUCUUGAUGUUCUCCACAACAUUAGUUGUGGCACUUUGUCUGAAGCAGACUACAACAUCUUGAAACAAAGAUUUACAACAUCAGUUUCUGAAGAAGAAAGAAAAAGUUUCAAAGACGCCAUACGAUUGUAUCCUACAAGAGCAGAAGUUGAUGAACACAAUAAAAAUUGUCUUGUAGCUCUAAAGCACCCCACUACAGGCAACCCUAUGCCAAUUUCAAGAAUACCUGCACAGCAUAACUCUGCGCAAGCAAGAGAUGGGACUGAGAACGAAGCUGGAGGAUUAAGAAAUACUUUGUACUUGGCAAAGGGUGCAAGAAUAAUGCUACGAGCAAAUUUGUGGACAGAGAAAGGGCUUGUUAAUGGUUCCAUGGGUGAAGUUGUAGACAUCCUGUAUGCACAGGACAGAAGCCCUCCAGAUGAUGCACCAGUUGCCAUUAUCUGUAAGUUUGACUGUUACCAAGGCCUUUACCUUGAUGACUUGACCAAGACAGUAGUUAUUACACCAAUUACCAAACAAUGGAAAAGUAAAAAUGGACAAGAUUGCAUCAGGCAGCAAUUCCCUACUUCCCUCUGUUAUGCUUGUAGCAUACACAAAUCUCAAGGACUCACUCUUGACAAGGCAAAUGUUAAUAUAGGCACCCUAAAAGAAAUGUCCCCAGGAUUAACUUACACAGCUGUCACGAGUUAGAUCAUUGCCAGGCUUAUUAUUAGAACGAUUUGGUUUCAAACGGAUCCUCUCAUUGAAUUCAAAAAAAUAUAUCCAUGAAAGAUUACAAUGGAUAAAUGAACUCAAUGACAAAACAGUCAACUCUUAUCUCAAGUAUAUACAAUUGAUGUAUGAGAAUGUGUCCAACUACAAACCAUGCAAAUUAAUUUCACUCCAAAAUUAUCGCUGUAUUAUGUAUUGAACAUUAUAUUCUCCAUUUAUGUUAUGUGAAAAAUCCAAAUUAUUCCAACAAGGUUUGAGAAGAAC